AUGCGCCUUGUUCGUCUUGAAACUUUACAGGACUGGUUUUAUUUUGAAAAACAUCCGGAUUAAGUACUUUAUCUCACAUCUGGUCAGUACUGACGUUGUUAACAAAACCAACGGUGCGCUCCGCAGUAUCAGCACAUCCAGCAUCAGCUGAGAUUGUAGAUGACAGAGUCCAGAAAGGAGAGAGGACCCAGAGGAACAAUAAUCAUUAUUAGUAUUACUAUAACAGAGUGUUCUUAACUCGUGUCUGUAGCUCGGAGACUUAUUCUAGUGUUUUAAGAAAUGGAAGAUUUGGGAAAAGUCUUCAACGAUUCACAGGUCUUCGUGUUUAACUUGUCUUCAUGAAGUGGAGCGGGACGUUUAGGCGCAUUUUUGGACUUCUCCGGUGUUUCUGUGCGUGCGAUGAAAAAACCCUACAAUGAUUUUGGCAGUCAAUUAAUUAUGGGCGCGCACAUCCUGGAGUCCAACUCCAGCGGCAACUUGACGCCUGCGGUGUCGGAAGCUGGGGCUGUCCUGCCGGGCUACCUGGUGGUGAUCUUAUCGGUACUUAUGGUGACUCUGGUUGUCGUUGUUGUGGCAGGGAACGCACUGGUCAUCAUGGCUUUUAUUGUGGACAAAACCCUGAGAAAUCAAAGCAACUACUUCUUUUUGAACCUUGCUAUAUCCGAUUUUCUAGUGGGUGCCUUUUGCAUCCCCGUGUACAUCCCCUAUAACCUGACCGGCAGGUGGAUGCUGGGCAAAGGGCUCUGCAAAGUGUGGCUGGUCAUGGAUUACCUCCUUUGCUCAGCCUCUGUCUUCAACAUUGUCCUUAUUAGUUAUGAUCGCUUCCUGUCAGUCACAAGAGCGGUUAAAUACAGAGCUCAGAGGAACAUGACCCACCAGGCUGUUUUCAAGAUGGUGGCGGUGUGGGUGCUGGCCUUCCUCCUUUACGGCCCUGCCAUCAUCUUCUGGGAAACGAUCGUCGGCUACAGCAUUGUCCCGGCCCACGAGUGCUAUGCUGAGUUUUAUUUCACCUGGUACUUCCUGCUGAGUGCGUCUACCUUUGAGUUCUUCACCCCGUUUGUGUCGGUGGCCUUUUUCAACCUCAGCAUCUAUCUCAACAUCCAUCGGAGGAAUAAGAGUGGGGCCGCCUGUGCUGAAGACAAUGCCAAGCCUCAGAAGAACAAUGAGAAACAUAAAGAUGGAGCCGGGUGGUCCGUGUUUUUUGUCAAGACUCGGAAGGUGAUGUCAAGCGAGCCUGUUGCGAUCUCUGCGGUCAUCGAAGAUGACGACAUCUUGUCUCCCUCCUCCAGCGGGGAGCCUAACGCCAGUCAGAUAUUAAUGCAGCGAGAGAAGUUCUCUCCGCACAGAAAAAACUCCAGGUUGUUUCAGCACACGGCCUCCUGCAUGGUGCCUGGCCGUAGGACACCGGGAUCUCGGCUUUCCAGAGACAAAAAGAUUGCUAAAUCUUUAGCCAUUAUAGUCUGCAUUUUUGGGAUAUGCUGGGCUCCGUACACUCUACUGAUGAUUAUCCGUGCCGCCUGUAGCGGUAAAUGUGUGGCGAACUACUGGUACGAGAUUACCUUCUGGCUUCUGUGGCUGAACUCUGCCAUCAACCCGUUCUUGUACCCUGUGUGCCACAGCAGCUUUCGAAGGGCUUUCUCAAAGAUACUGUGCCCUAAAAGACAAUCAGUUCAACCACAGAUUGAAGUUCAGUCUUGUUAGAUGAACUCAAAUGAACUUGCAUAUUUUAUGAAUGGAGUAAAUGUUGCUGAACACUGUAAAAAAUCCAUUUGAUGUUCUUCUAUUAAAAAAAAAGAGGCCAGUUUUCAAAAAUUAGUUAAAUGUUUGCAUUUAAAUGAGGAUUGUAACAUACCUGACAGCAAUACGAUGACACAACACAGCUGAAAAUAGCACAACAUAAUAUUCUUAUGGGCAGAACAAUAGACUCUUGUAGUACCAUUGGAUAAAUCUGCCCACGAUUAAACCACCUCUCAAAGCCAGUUUCAGAUUUUUCUAAUGUUGUUCUUGUUCAUUUUAAAACCUUCACAGAUUCCCUCUAAGUAGGACAUUAAGUUCUUUAUGUGCAGAAGGCUGUGAAAUGAUGGCAUAUGCAGUCUUAAAGAAGGUAAUUACCAUAAUUUAGUCUAAGAUAUCACAUAUAUAUGAGAACUACUGAUCACCAGGUUGUUAAAUUGUUUUCUGUCUGAAUGGAAGCACGACGCAGACAGAAAUGACAUCUUCACCCAGCAUCCAAUUUCAUAGCGGCCGCCGUGAGAACAUUUCAACUUCUAUUUAGAUGAAGCUGAUGUGAAGCAAGAACUCAAUGGUCUUUUGAUGGUUUCAGAAUAUAUCUGCACAUGAAACCCUUUCAUGUUACAGUUUCAAAUAUACAGCUGCAAGUUUGACUUUAUGCUCACUUUAUGCUCA